CCAUUGGGCGGUUCAAUGGGAAACCAGUUUUCGUAUAGUUCCAAAAGAAAGAUAGAUAUAAGUAGAAAGGAAUUCGAAGCCGUCAAAUGCUAAUGUUGUAGAAAAAUUCAUGGUACUUAACCGAGUCGAGAAGAGGUAAAAAGACCAACUGUUCAAAGACUGACAAACAUCAAUUGUUUCUGUUAGAUGUUUGUGUAGUUGUGUUCCUAGUUUUUUUGAUAGCCAUAUGCUACGCUGACAAUUUGUUUAAAUAUUAGCGACCCAAAUAGAACAGAAGUGGAUUAUGAUGCCAACAGGCAGUAAAAAAAAACGUUAAAACAUUGUGACAAUAACAAAAUGCAGACAUCAAAUGGCGCACAGUGGCGUCCAAUUUAUUGGGUCUACGGCCCUCUUUGGCAAAGAGAAAAAAGAGAGCGGCUUUGCUGAAGAGAUGCCGAGUUGACUUCAAAUCGAAUGAGUGCGCAAAAGAAAAAGGUAAAAGCAGCUGGCGAAACAACAACAAACGAUAAACGUAACUAGCGCUUGGCGCAAACGCAGACGCCGACGCCGACGUCGCAGCGCAGAGUGCUGAUCAACGCUUGGACUUGGCCAAAAAGGCGGCCAAGCGCUCACAGGAACAUUCAGUUGUGCCGCGAACGUUGUGCGCUACACACGUCACUCUCCCGCUGCAGUGCCGGGCUGUCAGUCAACAGUUAUACCGAAAAGCUUACAGCAUUUAACUGUAACUUGUGACAGUGGCAAGCAAAGAAUUAGAAAAGCUUUUCAACAAUCCAAGAACUGUCUAAGCUGUGAUCUCUCGCGUUUUUCAUUUCGUGUGUGUGUGUGCGAGUGUGUGUGUUUCCAAAAUGUCUCUCAACGCGGACCGCUCCUACAAAAUGAAGCUGCGCGAUGUGGAAAACGCUUUCAAAUAUAGACGCAUACCGUAUCCGAAGCGUUCCGUGGAGCUGAUUGCACUGCUGGCCAUAUCGUGCACCUUUUUUCUGUUCAUGCACACAAACAAAUUAAAUAGUCGACUCAAGGAAAUGGAGGUGAAGCUACAGCCAUCCGAGUUCUCGGCCCUGGGACUAACUGGCAAUCACAUAAGCGGACAUGAUGCGGGCAAACAUGACGACAUUAAUACUCUGCACGGCACCUAUCAAUAUCUGAAGAGCACCGGCCAGAUGUCAUCGCUUAAUGUACGGGAGCUGAACAAUACACGAAAGGCUCAAAUGGAGCUGGUCUUCUUCAAUCGAGUGCCGAAAGUGGGCAGUCAGACGUUUAUGGAGCUGCUUCGUCGUCUCUCGGAGCGCAAUAAUUUUCAGUUUCAUCGCGACGCUGUCCAAAAGGUGGAAACCAUUCGUCUGGCUGAGGAUCAGCAACAGGAGAUGGCCGAAGUAAUCAGUGAGCUACCAGAGCCCUCAGUAUUCAUAAAGCAUGUCUGCUUCACGAACUUCACCAAAUUCAAUUUGCCGACGCCCAUUUAUCUGAAUGUGGUGCGGGAUCCCGUGGAGCGUGUAAUUAGUUGGUUCUAUUAUGUGCGUGCUCCCUGGUACUUUGUGGAACGCAAGGCCGCCUUUCCAGAUCUUCCCCUGCCGCAUCCAGCCUGGCUCAAAAAGGACUUUGAGACGUGCGUCCUUAGCGGCGACCAGGAGUGCACCUACACACAGGGCGUCACAGUUGAGGGCAUUGGCGAUCAUCGCCGUCAGAGCUUGUUCUUCUGCGGACAUGAUUAUGAGUGCACUCCCUUUAAUACUGUAGGCGCCUUGGAGCGCGCCAAGUUUGCCGUGGAGCAACAAUAUGCGGUAGUUGGAGUACUGGAAGAUUUUAAUACAACACUCUCAGUGCUGGAAAAAUAUGUGCCACGUUUCUUUGAGGGCGUGCGAGAUAUCUAUGCAACCAGCGCCGAGUAUCUGACCAAGAUCAACAAAAACAACUUUAAGCCACCGGUCAGCGAGCAUGUCAAGGAUAUUGUGCGUCGCAAUUUUACCAAUGAAAUCGAAUUCUAUCAGUUCUGUCGCCAGCGACUGCAUAAACAAUAUCUGGCCGCCCAUUUGCCGCAGAGGAUUAUAACAGCGCAUCCGGCGGCAAUGGGGCGCAAUUAAGUCUCCCCUAUUGUUCGAAAUUGUGUUAAACAUUUGUAUAAAAUAUAAUCGAUCCUGUAGUCAACUGGGCUACACCCUCCUCCAUUCAAUCCACACAUAUUGUAGUUAAUAAUUGUUUAUCAUUGUGUAUAUUUCAAAUUGGUUAUACAAGUUAUUCAUAUGUUUAUUAAAUAUAUAAUAACAUAUACAUAUUUAUAUUGUUUAGUUAGUGAUUAUAAAAAAUGCAUUCGAAUUGUGAUGUCUUCAAGUGAACUGUUGAAAUUUUAUGUUUUUAAAUACCUAAUUUUAACUAGAAUUAAGAAUUUUAAGCUCACAAACUGUAAAAAUAAUAAACGCUAUCGUAAGAUCUAUGCA